GCUCACUCUCACCUAGUAAUUAUAACCAUUGUCGUCCUACCUCCCUCCCCCGCCCGAUCAUGUCGUGCUUCAACUUCCGGCUUCCUCCGGCCAAGAAGGCAUGGAAGAGCUUCACCAACAAGCUCCGAAGCAAGCUCCACAGCCUCCACAAUCCAAAACCCAUGAAGUUUCAUCCACCCAAACACAGCUCCGCCGUCGCUCUCACUUUCACCACCAAACCCUACGGAGCAAUUACUCCUUUCCUCCACAAGUCCAAGCACCGGAAGAGCAAGCAGCAACGAGGCAGCGGCGGCGGCCUGGCGCGUGCUCUGCUGCCCUUCAAGAGAAAGGGCGGCCGCGGCCGCCUCCGGCUGCACUACUUGAACAAGAGUUGUUGUGCCGCCCCUGUGUUCGUCGACAACCUCUUCAAAGUGGAGCCACCGAACCGUAACGUGACGGAGGUUGUGAUAAGUCGUCACUACUGUGGAACGUCGAGUGGGAAGAGCACGGUGGAUGCUAAGGCCAACGGAGAAGCUGAUGAUGACGAUGAUAUGUGGGAUUCGAUGGGAAUUUCAUCGCCUCUGAUGACGGGGAUCGACGAGAGAGCUGAAGAGUUCAUUUCCAGCUUCCGCGCGGAGAUGCAAGUCCAGGAGAGGAUUGCCCGUACUUUGUAGCAUCUGCUAAUUUGCUUGCCAUAGCAGUCUACUGUAAAUUCCCAACUGUAUGCUGAUAGGUUUGAUCUCUUCCCGUGUGGUGGAUUAAAGGUGCAGGCGCCUCCAUUUGAUUCAACCAGUUAAAUUGGUUCGGUAUUGGACCAGAAAAUGGUGUUUAUUGGUGGAGUUAUCUAGUGAAUCUGUGUUGUAAACAAAAUACAAAAUAAGUACAUGAUGGUUUUAUAUUUUGUUUACUUUUUCAAGAUAGAUGUUUAUUUUUUUUAAUAAUGAUAGACGAAUUUAUUUAUGUAUGAAAGGAUGAAAUGACUCAAACACGUUAUGUGAGGAAGUACGGGGGGGAAAAACAGAGUAAAGGGAAUCCAAUGACACUUCUUCUCCCGGGCAAUUGGUAAUUACAUAGCUAGAGGCUCAACCCUUACUGGAUACAUCUACAAGUAAAUUCAAAUGCAUAGCGAAGAUCAUCGUCUUCAUAUGAUGCAAACAAUCAUCAUUCAAUUGCUGCAAUGUUGAAGAACACAAACAAACUUUGCCUUAAAUGUUUUGUUCUCAAAGAAUUAUCGUUCAGCGGCAUAAGUUUAAAUUGUUCAAAUUACAUAUCACCCAAGAGCAAUCACACGUUAAUUGAGUUAGUUUAGUCCAUUUUUCAUUUUUAAUUGUUAAGCGCUUACACCAAAAAUACAUACAUUUUUUCAUAUUUAAAAAAAUUACUCGGAGAUGUCAAGUUGGAUAAUUUCAGUUUUCGAUAUUUUUCGUCCAACAAGCACCAACUCACAUUCAUCUGCAUUUUGACUAGCCCAAGCAGUGGUUGCAUGAAAAUUUAUAUAGUUUUGUUAUCCAUUGCUUUUUUGCAUAUAUUUCAUUGUUGGCGUGAGAUUCAUUUGAACACCUCAGGUUGCCAUGAUUCGAGGCUAAUUACACAUAUUUUUACGCUUCAUUUCUUGAUCGUUUGACUUGGUAAUUGGAGGAGUCAAGAGCACUGUGCACGUCUCACGGGCCUAAAGGUAUUCACCAUUGCCAAACUGUGAAAAUUUACCACAGACCGUGAAGUCGGACAAAAACGACAACUGUCAAUUGCAUUUUUUAUCAAGAUAACGGCCGGGCUUCCGACGUCACGACCGUUAAGAGUGACUGUGAAACCGACCGUCGGGCUAUAUAAAAGACAGCAGCGGGGAAAGAGAAAGGAGAGCUAGUUUUUGGAGGCGAAAUUGAUUCUCUCUCUAGGAUUUCAACCCAAAACAUCAAAGGGGAGUUCUAGAGAGAGAGAGAGUUCUUGAGUGAUUUUGGAAGUUAAUUGAAGGCAUUAAUCAAGUUUGGAAGCAAAGAAUAAAGCCUAGAAGAAGAACUUGUGCUCCAAUUUUUAAUCUCUCUCUUCUCUCUCUAGAAACUUGCCCUCUUCUAUUGGGUUUAGGAACCCUAGGUCUAUGUUUUGGUUUUAUGUUGAUGUAUGUGACAAAUUCAAUGUUUGAUUGAUGAUUGUACUUAAUUGAUGGAUGUUUUAAUGAAUGGCAUGAGUUGGGUUUUCAUUUCAUGUAUUGAGCUUUUGACCUAUGAGGGAGAAAAUCCCUUUAGAGCCCUUUAUUGACAUCUUCAUGUCACUCCUAUCGUUAUUUUUUCGUCGUUACUGAUGCUUUUUCUUGUAGUGUAUAUUGUUUGGGUAAUCCCUGAGGGAGUUGAUUCAAUCAGUCUCCUAGCAAUAUAUGAAACCCUAGGUUGAAUAGAGCACCUACCCCUUCAUCGAUUUGUCGUUCCGGGUCAAUCUCGAGGGAGUCUAUCUCCAGACGGUAGAGUAAUUGAGAUGAUCGAACUAGGGUGGUACUCAACGAUUAUCCAAAACUCGGAACUAGGGGGAUGUAAUCCAAGAGAGCUCCGAACCUUGUAAAUAGUUAGGUUAGUGGUUAGCUAGGUUAAUUAGUUUAGUUUUCCUAAGCACUAUUCUUGGUUGGCUAGAUAACGAACCCUAAACCUGAAGAAAGAUAAGUUUAGAUC